GUGCGUGUGUUUGUGUGUGUACGAGUGCGAAAACUAUCAGCAGACAGCCAACAGCACUUCCUCCAUCAGCGCGUGUACUCCUCAUCUCCGUCCAGCGUCUCUCGCCGCUCGUUUCCCGACGCGUGUAGUAUUGUAUGGAAACCGAGUUCCCGGUGCGCGCACAUGAGACGCGCCGCCCGCGCAGCGUAUCCAUCAGCAGUAAAUGACGUACCGCUGCAGCACAGCGCGCUUUACAUCCACAGUAGUACGGCGUAACUCGCGUUCAACAUAGAUGGAGCCGCAUCAUCCCAGGACUUCAGAGUGAUAUUUACAGCGUUGUUUGUGUUUUUCUCCGCGUAAAAUGAGUGAAGGAGAGAUCAUCUGUCAGGGCUGGCUCAGAAAGUCUCCACCCGAGAAGAAACUGAGGAGAUAUGCUUGGAAAAAGCGCUGGUUUAUCCUCCGCAGUGGACGGAUGAGCGGGGAUCCAGAUGUGCUAGAGUACUACAAGAGCGACCAUGCCAAAAAGCCCAUUCGUAUUAUAGACCUGCACUGCUGUGAGCAGGUGGACGCAGGCCUGACCUUCAAACGCAAGGAGUUUCAGGACAGCUUUGUGUUCGACAUCAAGACGGCCGAGAGGACGUUCUACCUGGUCGCAGAAACAGAAGAAGAGAUGAACCGCUGGGUGCGUUCCAUCUGUCAACUGUGUGGAUUCAACCAGUCUGAAGAAAACCACCACGAUGAGAGGUCGUCCAACACCCACGUUUCACGCUCUUUGACUAAUGACCUGGGUGGCUCUUUGGUCCCUCUGAUUGGUGAACGUAAGACUUCAGUACCCACCAACUCCAGCCAGCCAAUGCUGUUCACGUUCGACACACCUGUACGCCAUUCUCACAGUACCCUGUCCAACAGCGCUCCACAGGACUACCUCCUGCUACAUCAGUGCAUGAGCCGAAAGAGCGAGAGUACACGGAGUGCCAGUUUCUCACAAGCCUCUCGAAGCAGUCUGUUAGUGGGCAGCGACUCUGCGGUUCAAAGACUUACUCAUGGCUUCUCUCAUUGUUUGAAUGGCAUGGGUGGGCAACUUCACGGUUUUUACAGUCUGCCCAAACCUGGAAAACAUCAGCAGCUCUCAUCACGGACCGAUUCUCAGGAUGCCUGCUACGUCCUGCCCAGAGGUUACAGCUCCGAAGAGCAAUCAGAGCUCGACUCGGAGGACGUCUACAUCUAUAAGACCCCCAGUAACACUCUAGCGGCCCCACAUGCCGCUGAGCAACGGGCACUCGAUAACUACGAUUUACCCGGCGUUCCCGGCUCCGUCUACCAGAUCCCACGCACGUUUGACAAGAACCACAAUGCACUGCUGCCAUCCAGCGCGGAAUCCACGAACGCACCCCCACCCAGGCCACCCAAACCCAGUCAAGGCUCAGAGACGCGAUGGGGCAGCCCACUGUCCACAGGAGCCCAAAAUGGCGAUGUAGCGACGGUAUCGGUGAUUCCUAGGAGAAACACGCUGCCAGCUGUGGAGAACGUCAAACUUCAUAGAGGUUCCUCCUUUGAGACGGGCAGUCACCAACGACCAGUCUACUUUAACAACUCGGGACAGUCAGUGGAGUCUGUCAAUGAUGGCUAUAGCUCAUACUUGAGAACUAAAGUCCCAUUGACCCGCUCUGACAGUGCCGGUUCUGACGAUAACUACGUACCCAUGAAUCCUGGCUCAUCAUCUUCGCCUCUCAGCGCUGCCCUGGCUGACAGUCCGAAAAACAAUUAUAUUCCCAUGAGCCCAGGUCCUCACCAUUUUGAUUUCCCAGGAUUCUCAGCAACGUUACCGGCCAGGAAGGGCAGUACGGCAUCGCUGUGUCUCCGACCGGGCCGUCUCAGCGACGUCACACCGCCGCCAAUCAAUCGCAACCUUAAACCCAGGACAGCAAAACCAACACCUCUUGACUUGAGGAACAACGGCAUCAUUGAUGAGCUUCCCUUCAAGAGUCCCGUCACCAUGUCCUGGACCAGACCCAUGCCCAUUAUGAACUCCAUGUCGUCACAACACUGUCGGCCAAUUUCCACCCAGAGCAUCACUAGUACAGAUUCAGCAGACAGUGAGGAGAACUAUGUGGCGAUGCAAAACCCAGCGUCUACCUCUCCGGCGAUGAGUGGUACCAACAGUCCUGCACCCAGAAACUGUGGAAAUGUGGACUAUUUGGCCCUGGACUUUCAGCCUAAUUCUCCGGGUCCACACAGAAAGCCAUCCACCUCUUCAGUGACCUCAGAUGAAAAAGUGGACUACGUCCAGGUGGACAAAGAGAAGACGCAGGCUCUUCAGAACACCAUGCAGGAGUGGACCGACGUGCGACAGUCGAGCGAGCCUGCCAAAGCCAUCAAAUCUUGAUGAACUCCUUAAACACUGGCAGAGAUUGAAGACGUUGUGUUCAUCCCUGUUACCCACAAUGCUCUCAUCCUGUUACACCGUCAUUUAAAGAAGAUUAAUAUCUGUGACAGAACACUGAACGAGAUGGACAAACUAAAGCCAUAGAUCCCAUUUAUUUUACACGAACGCAGCUGAUGCUUCAGGACUGUCAUGCAGCGCAUGUUAGAUGCAUCCUUAACUUUUUCAACUUAACUGCUUGCUCUCUUUGAAUGUGAGCUUAAGCAGCAAAUCUGAAAUGGUUUACUUGUGCCAUCUGUUCGUCUCUCAUUGAAGCUGUUACAAACGGCGGCAUCAAAAAGUAAAACCAUUCGUUUUGGAUUGUCUAUUAAUUCAAAGAGAGGCAAAGUCAAACACCCGGGUCUAUUAGAUUUAAGGUUCAGCAUGAAUUAAUACCAGGUUUGAAGGUCAAAGGUUUCAGAUUAUGGGUCAUUAAAGCUGGAAAGAAAUGAUUCAAUUUCAACUUUUUAGUUUAAUAAAGAAUAGAAUAGACAACAACUAACAUAAAAUCAGAAAUGACCUUUUUUACUAAAUUCCUGGUCUUGUCAUGCAUGAUUCAUCGGUGCGUAUAUUCCGAAUGAUAAUAAAAAAGGAGGUUGUCUUCUGAAAUUUAAUCAAAAGGUAGCUCCGCCUCUGAAACAACUUCCCCUUGGCUGACAUCACCAAGCCCCACCCUGCAGUUUAUGUCUUAUUAAAUAUUCAUUUUUACUCAUUUUUGAAGGCCGUGUAUUGUUAACAUUAAGGUGAAAAAUUUCCUAGGAAAUGUUAACACAUAAAACUCUUUGAAUUGGAAAAAAAAUAGUUUAAAUAAAGUUCACUUUUGAUAUUAGCUAAACACCACAUAGCAUUUGAAAAUACUGGGCAUUUUUUAACUUUGCAUGCAGUAUGAAUGCAA